AUGCCGCUGAAACCCUAGUUAGUGCCUCAGAGCUGCAGAAUUUAGCUUCCAUUGCCGAACUGAGGUUCUUACCUCCGGCGGCCCAGCAUGGUGCACGUUAACUUUUACCGAAACUAUGGAAAGACAUUCAAGAAGCCUCGCCGUCCAUAUGAGAAAGAGCGUUUGGAUGCUGAGUUGAAGCUUGUGGGUGAAUAUGGGCUUAGGUGCAAGAGGGAGCUUUGGAGAGUUCAGUAUGCUUUGAGCCGUAUCCGAAAUAAUGCAAGAAUGCUUCUAACCCUUGAUGAGAAGGACCCACGCCGUAUUUUUGAGGGUGAUGCACUCCUGAGGAGGAUGAAUAGGUAUGGCCUGCUGGAUGAGAGCCAAAACAAGCUUGAUUAUGUCCUUGCCCUCACAGUGGAGAAUUUCCUUGAGCGCCGUCUACAAACUCUGGUGUUUAAGGCUGGCAUGGCAAAGUCAAUCCAUCAUGCAAGAGUUCUCAUUAGGCAAAAGCACAUCAGGGUUGGAAGACAGGUGGUCAAUGUCCCAUCCUUCAUGGUCAGGGUCGACUCUCAGAAGCACAUCGAUUUCUCACUAUCCAGCCCAUUCGGUGGUGGCCGACCUGGUAGAGUGAAGAGAAAGAACCAGAAGGCCGCUGCGAAGAAGGCGUCUGGUGGUGAUGGAGAUGAAGAGGAUGAAGAAUGAGCUUGUUUCUUCUGUGUAGUAGGGUUUACCCUUUUUCCCCAAUUUGUUUGGAGGUUAUUGCACCUUACUACCCUUUUGCCAAAAGCCCAAAACUCUCCGAGGUCUUAUUGCACCUUACUACCCUUACAAGCUUUGAGUUUGGUUUUGUUUUUAACCUUUUCUGUUGUCUAAUCUAUUUAUUGCCCUUUUGUACCUUUUGUGGUUCUACAGUUGGUUUACAUCUAUUAUAAUUUAAGUUAAAGAGAUGUUCUAUUACUUCAA